UAUCACUGUUUGAAAGAUAUUUUUUUUAGUCAUUUGGUUUCAUUUGGGGGUUUUUUCAUGACUGCUGCUCAGUUAAAAUAAUGAUUGCGUUAAUCUGGCUGCAGUUAAUAUAAAGAAUUUCUUCAAAGAAGUGAAACUGGUGGUCUUGUGGUUUUGUUCCGUGAUGCUUGAACAGGUUAAUAUAUCAUCGUCAGGGUGCUGCUCACACUGUACAAGAUGGUGAUGAAGAUGCACGUUGCCAGGUGGACUCUCCUUUUUGCCCUGUGCUUCACUUGUGUUUCUUCAAAUGACUCCUGUGAACAUUUAGGAGAAAUCGGUGAAGAGCACAGACUGAAGGUUCCACUUGGUUCAUCUGUGCUUCUACCAUGCAACAUUCAAACAAGCAAGUUCAAAUGGGUGACGUGGAACUACAGUGGCUCAGGGCAAUUGCUCAAUCUCUCAUCAAAAGGGCACGUUACAUUCCUGGACCCCAGAAAUGGCCGAGUGAAAGUCUUUCCAAACCAGGGCUCAGAGGGGAACUACUCUAUCAGAAUUGAUGAUCUUGAAAAGGCUGACAUAGGAUUUUACCACUGUAUACAGGAGGAGGGAAAAUGUGUUCUAGUGGUGCUGGAUGAAAUAGGUACAAAAAUCCCAUGGCUGGUGAUAUACAUCUGUGCUGGUGUGACUGCUCUAUUUCUGCUGGGUACUGGUGGCUACUACACUUACAAAAAAUGCAAAGAUAUCCGUAACAACAAAAGCAACAGCAAAGUAGAGAAGAGUACGGUCAUUCCCAGUAGUGCAGCUGCUCCGGGUCCCAGUGCCCCACCCGUGACAACAAUCAACAUACCAGUAGGUGUGCAUGUACAUGUACCACAGGCAGUAAGACCCUACACUCAUGAUCUUGUUUAUGAAAAUGAUGACCAGUUCCCAACCAGUGUUGACCCCACCAGAAGUAAUCCACACGGAGCUGUGCAGUAUCUGGACAGGACCCAGCCUCAACAGUCUGGUCAAAGCAGCGGUGGAAUUUAUCCAAAUUUGGAUCAGUUUCGCUUUGAAAGGGUGGAAAGUCAGAGAACCAAACAUAGAUUUCAUUUAGAGCUUUUCAGCAGAUUACGGCCACCAAGUUUCAGUCAGCAUUAUUACGUAAACCAACAUGAUCUCCGCAAGCAACACGUCAAGUCGAAGCAGGCGGAGAAUCAAAAGAGAGCAGGCCGCGAGAAGAAGAAAAACAAAGACAACUGUGAAUACAAAAACCCGAUUUACAACAUGAGCACCGAACAGCUCAGCCAGCUGUAGAGAAUGAAGGGCACGAAUGAAGGAGUUUAAAUCUCAUUUGAGAAUGAGGGCUACGAAUUCUUUUCUAUUUUACUCCUUUAAGGUGAUCCAUGUCUUUUGUAUUUGUUUGUACUGUAAGUGCGCUGCAUUCCACUAUUCUCUUGAAUGCUGUUAGAAUAAAGUUCAUCAGUGUCUUCACAUAUAAACUGAUUGCAUGAUGAAUAUACUAAAAAUGUCUUCUAUUGAUAUGUUUACCACUAUGUACAGAGUUGUGUGACUGUAGAGAUGUGUGCUGUUUAAACUUACAGAUUGUUGUAUUGAGCCUGUGUGUAUGACAUUGAAAUAAGACUUUCUAAAAAAUAAAAACUGUUUU